GGAAAGCGCAUUUAGGUCAAAUGGGGGUCCAUGUUCUGAUCAGCGGGGUCGAGCACCCUCUCUUUGCCUGCCUCACCCCCAGUUUCCUCCCACCGCUGACAGACACGCACUUCUCAAGACCACCGGGGGGAGAAAAAAAAAACCCUCCUUUGCUUCAGGACAGGUAAAUGUAUGACACAUUCCCGUUCGGCCAACGGCAUGCAGCCUUCUGCUGAUGGAGCACCAAAUGCCGGAUAAGUGGUACUACAAGUAAGCCGUGCGACGCUGGACCAGGGGGCGACAUUGAGCAAAGCGCCCUGCAGCACUGGCUGUGUUGUGAAAGAGAAAUGAGUGGUCAUUAUGCCACUCUUACGUGGUAUUUUCGUAGGGGGAAAACCCCUCUCUUCAUCUCACAUAGUGCAAAUUGUCACGCGGCAGUGCAAAACCGUUUUUUUGUUGUUGUUGUUGUUGUUUUUUAAGCCCGGCUCAGAGCACAGCUGACUGCAGUUGGAACUCUGCAUUUAUACAGACAACAGUAGCUCUUUCAGCCGCUAACAGGCACCAAAUAUAUAGCACUUUAGAACUGACAGAAUGGUCUUUCCCUCUGAAUGGGCGACACGCGGAAAAGCUGUUUCUCUGCGAGGGACUUGCUCCUGUGCCAAAUGCGCUGCAGUGUCACAUACCCCUCUCUUCUCCUUUUUUUUUCUCUCUCUCCCUACGAACUGAUCCGUUUCUCCUCAGGGGCAAUGACUGCCUCCAUUAAUGAUUCACGGGCUCAAAUAAAAGGGAUUUAAGUUGACGUUGCGUCACGUGAGUGGGGCGCAUAAUACUGCGCGAUGUUAUGGCGCGGGGGAGAAAACCGGAGCCCGGGUCUGGCCAUAUGAUGCUGGUUAUAUGCAGGUUACCCCCACUUUCCGUAAAGGGGUGUCCGUGCGUUAUAGUUUGUUUUUUCUAGCUAAGAAAAAGAAAAGCGAAAGAGAGGGGAGCCCGGCUCUGUGGAUGUAUUAUACUGCUGUCACGGACGGAUAUGUUUUUCCACGCGGAGAGAGUCAGAGACUGAGCUAGAGGAUGGAUUUUAUUUUGAGAAGUCCAGCCAAGUAAAUUCAGGCCAUCGCACGGUCUACGGGAGACCUUGAACUGCUUACGGUUCACCCGAGGAGGCCAUUGGCGGAGAGGCGUCACGUGACCACGGGGUGCCAAUGUUAUUCUACAAGGGUGUCAAGACCCUGUCAGUUUCUGAAAUAAAUAUUGGGAAACGGCGAGAUGCAAAAGGCAACCUACUACGACAGCUCCGCAAUUUACAGUGGCUACCCAUAUCAAAGCGCAAAUGGCUUCGGUUAUGAUGCCAAUCAGGUCCAAUAUCCCCGGGGCUCUCAUGUGGAAAGUGAGUACCAUCGACCUGCCUGCUCUCUGCAGUCUCCUGACGGCUCCGCGGCUCUGCAGAAACCGGGGGAGAUGGCGGAGAGCUGCGACAGGACCACAGCUAUUCAGGCGGCGCAGUCCAAGGUUCAUCCCGAAAGCAAUCAACCACAGGUGCCCGUGUCAGGCCCACCCCCUCCCUCAAUAUCCCCCGGUGCUAUCAUCCAAAACACAAGCAACGGGUCCAACCAGCCCAGUGCCAAGAGCGGCUCCCCGACCUCUGCUACCCGUAAACAGAUCUUCCCCUGGAUGAAGGAGUCCCGUCAGAACACGAAGCAGAAACCCACCAGUAGCUCCAGCUCAGUGGAGAGUUGCCCAGGGGACAAGAGUCCGCCGGGGUCAGCGGCUUCGAAGAGGGCCCGGACAGCUUACACCAGCGCCCAGCUGGUGGAGCUGGAGAAGGAGUUCCACUUUAACCGGUACCUCUGCAGACCCCGCAGGGUGGAGAUGGCAAACCUGCUCAACCUCACCGAGAGACAGAUCAAAAUCUGGUUCCAGAACCGUCGAAUGAAAUACAAGAAGGAUCAGAAAGGCGUCGGAAUGAUGCCUUCCCCUGGCGGACAGUCCCCUCGGAGUCCCGUGGGCCCCGUCUCCGGCGGGGGUGGUGGUGGUGGAGGAUACCUCAACUCUAUGCAUUCUAUAGUCAACAGUGUACCUUAUGAAUCCCAGUCGCCGACGUCUUACAAUAAACCUCAUCAAAACGCAUACGUUAUGGCCACGUCAUACCCCCCUCCAUUGAACAGCUCCCUCAACAACUGCCCGCCCUCCCAGAAGAGGUAUCCCGGGAACGACUCGGCCACGCCCGAGUAUGACGCACAUCCUCUCCAAGGCAAUGGCAACUACGGAGCUCACAUGCAGGGCAGCCCCGUUUAUGUCGGCGGAGGUUACAUCGACUCUAUGCCCAAUUCUGGGACCUCCGUUUUCGGUCUAACCCACCUCCAGCACCCGCCGUCCGCCAACAUGGACUACAAUGGAGCAAUCACAAUGGGCAACAGUCAGCAUCACGGAGUGUGUGAUCCGACACCGACGUACACAGACCUAACGUCGCACUACUCUCAGGGAAGAAUCCAGGAAGCGCCCAAACUGACGCAUCUGUAGCGGUGGCGCAGCCCGGAUCACUCCGCCCAUUGUCUUAUUCGCCUGCAGACACAUUACUGCUUUGUUUCCGUGCCUCCUCGCGGCGUCCACCUUCUCUCGGCGUUUGUUUAUGUUCUCUAUAGUUUGAUGUGUGAAGUAGCGUAGGAUAAAUAAUCACGAUUGGCUUGAAUUUGUCUCUAUUUGCUCAUGUCAUUGUGUUACAACGACCUUUCUCUUGGCUGUAGGACGUCUACAGUGGGAGGGAGGAGGGUACAAUAUAAGCAGAGCCCUAUUUAAUCUUUCUUUCUUUCUUUUUUUGUUGUUUUAAAAUCGAAACUUAAACAGGGUAUUAUGAACAUAUGUUAUUCAUUUGAAUGUGAAUGUGUCCGUCUUUUAUUUAUCCGCAGUUGAAGAAUUGUGUUUUGCAUUGUGUUGCACUUGUGAAAGGAUCCUUCAAGAGCCGCGAGUUGGGAUUAUGAGGAAAAUACAUUUUUCAAUCUUUUUGAUUUUUUUUAAUGUUAUUUAUUUUGUUUAGUAUUAUGAUAAAGGAGUCCUUUUAGUAUUAUUUGACACCUCUGCCAUAUUUGUUUUGGGAUAAGGUGGGUGGGAAUUUAGCGCCUUGGCCCGUUACCAGCCCAAACAUGUAUUCAGAAGCACCCAUGCAGCAGCAUACCAUGUUGCUAUUAGGCUUUACGUUUCAGUUUUUUUCUUCUUCAAGGAGUUGGGUUUUUUUUCUCAGCGAAUGUCAAAUCAAUCAGUAAUGCAAUAAGGAUGAAAAGGACAAACAUUUCCAUUUUCUCUUCUUGAAGAAAAAAAAGAAAAAGACAUCAUCAAUUUUCUCUUCGAUGUCAUACAUUCCUCGCUGCUCCAGUUCGAAAAAAAUCAAUAAAAUAAUUGAAAUAUAAUUGUAGCAAUCCUUGUAGUUUUAAUUUAGACACAACGGAAGCAUUUCACGUGAUCACCAAAUCAAAAACACGACAGUUUCAAAACAUGUCAAAUAUUUUUCGAAUUACUACAUUUAGUUCUGGCUGUUUCAAGACAACGUUUUAUUGUAAAAGUGAUAACAAAAAACAGACAGACAUUUCCAUCAAAUUGGCAACAUAAGACACAAUGCAAUGAUAAUAAUGAACCAUAGAAACUAAUUUGUACGUUCUAUAUUUUUGUAUAAUAUCUAUCGAAAAUGACGUAAUAAACAGUGGUUAAUAUUAAAUAACAGAAAUGCAAAUAUUCCCAGAUAAGGUAAAACAUUGAACUAAAGCUACUUCUUUCUCUCUCCCCUCUUCUUGAUUCGACGUGAAGUGGCCUUUCCACCUCCCCUCAUCUGCGUGGGCACAUCCUUAAUAGUACAAAUGUCACACGGGCCCUUCUGGAGAUUCUGCAAGAAGACAACAAGCUAAAUGAGAAAUCGUUUGAAAAAUACUUCCUCGGUAAUUCAGUCAGUCAAACGCAGUCAGAGGGGAUGGAUGAUGACGCAGAGCUGUAACGGGGUGUAUGUCGCGUGAUAUCACACAUUAAAUCAUGAAACCAGUUCAAAAGAAGAAAGAAAAAUACUCGUUCCCAUGGAUGGUUACUGCAAAGCAAGUAACGAAUCUGGGAAAAAGGGCUUUGAAUUCCUUUUCGUACAUAAGGGGCCCACAUGGAAUGAAUACACCUCAUUUUGUAUCUUUUAAUAUCCCAAUUCAUUUAGAUUGUUUGCAGUAAUUCAUAGCAUUGGCAAACAAUACAUCAAGCUAAAAUAUCUGUUUUGUAAAUCUGUCAUUUCCCCCCCCCGGAAUAGGCUAACAAUAAUAAUAAUUAUCAUGCAUUUUUAUUUCUCUUGUAAAUUUAACCAACAUCUUUUCGUACCAUGUGUAAUGUUUGUGCUUAAGCCUCUGCGUAACGGCAGAAUAAUUUGGUCUUACUGAAACAUUUUCUAUCUGAUUGAUAUAAGAGGGCAUGGACAUUAGUAACCCUGACAUAUGGUUAGCAGGGAAGACUAGAACAAUUGAACCAUGGUGUGUCACAGUUAAAAAAAAAAAAAACUGAUGCACUAUUCCUGCAUCCAACAGACACGCGCACACAUGCACGUGCACAGCAAGACGCUGAUUUGACCCAUAUGCGCAUGCAGGUAGCACAUAAAUAACGUUUAAAAUGAGGUACGAUUUGUAUUUCUUUCAUUGCAUUUGCAUCCGUGGGAAAGUGGUCUUAAAUCAAUCCUGAUGCAAAGACAAGUGUGUAGGACAGACCGGGGUCCACUAAAUGCCGCCACCCACUCCUUUCCUUGCACACAAAGCCUGUGCGUAAUUCCAAAAAAAGCCAUCCAUCUCUUCCCCCCUGGCAACUCUGUCCUACAUCACACGGUGUCCGCUCACAAACCUGCACGUCUACCGAAACGACAAAAAUACUUGUCUUUGCGUAAAUGCGUUUACAAUCCCAAGAUAAAAGCCAGGUGGAGAAUCUGCUUCGCCCUACUCACCGUUGGCGCAUUACCGCCUCCACAAAAAAAAAAAAAAAAACAGAAAGAAAAGAA